AUGCCCCCAGAGAUCAUCCACCGCAUCGCAUCCUUCCUGUCGGAUGGUCAGAGCUUCGUCAACUACGUCGACGCCCUGAAUGGAACAGACACCCUUGGCGGCUUGGAACCGUUCACAAAGCUCACUGGCACGAUCGCACCAAACGACCUCUGGCCCGAGCUGCAUUUAAGAGCUCAUCAUGGUGCCCUCCUUCUCCAAGUCACCGCGGCCAUCGCCCCAUAUUUCUCCAUCGUGCACAUGCAUGACAUGUACGAUUUGAGCGCAUUUCACGGUUGCCCCAGCUCAUCCUCGCUCGGCAUUCGCAUCGAGCGAUGCCCUAGUGCAUCGGAAGUCAAGGUACCGCUGUCGGAAUGGUACAAUCAACUUGCUCGAUUGCCAGUGGCAGCAUUGGCAUGGGAAGAACGAAGCGGUCGGGCGUGUCCUGACCAAGUCGAGUGUCUCUUAGCCACGUUGCCUCGACUUCCAGCUCUGCAAUCCCUUGACCUCAAUGGUGCCAUCGUACCGUCUGUCGACGUCAUUUUCGAAUUCAUUGCAUCGUCGCAUGCACUGGUUGAGCUAAGCAUGCGAAGCCUGUCUUUGCCUGACCUCGUGGACGGCGUCUUUUCACGGCCUACCAUCACCGCAAUUGGAAUGACGCAUCUCGUGCAUUGGCUCCAACGACAACCAGUCCGACACUUAAGCCUCAGCCAAUGGCACAUCGAUGCGCCCAUCGCCUUGGUCCUGGCUUUCCAUCGAGCGUUGUGGUCGUCGACAUUAACACGCUUGGUCGUUCGAGAUUCACGGGUGCCACACCUGGAUUUGCAUGUCUUUGCCAAUCCAUUGGCCAUGAGCGAACUGGAGCUGUCGGGAUGCGGGCUCGAAGGUGCUGACAUCGUCGCAUUGUCCAAAGGGUUGCGGCAUUCCCGCGUGACCAAACUCGUAUUAAGCCACAACCACAUCAACCGUGGGAUCCCAGCACUCGCCGCGGCCCUGCCGACGGCCCACCACCUCCAUACUUUGGUGCUAUCCUCGUGUGCACUUUUUGACGACGCCAUACCGUCCCUAGUACAAAGUUUGGCCAGCUGCACCGUUACCGCGCUGAACUUGAGCUGCAAUGCGAUCAGUGCCCAUGGAGCAAGUUUGAUCGUGCACGCCAUGAUGUCCAAGGCUGACGGUCGCGGUGACACGAGGCGUGGCAAACUGGUGCUCAUGUUACAUGGAAAUUCACGGAUCGCAGACGAUACACGACAGCACCUCCGGGACGUCACGUCCGCCUGCACCCAUUUAAAGUUGUUUGUGUGAUCGUUGGAGUACUUAAGUCUCCCGCCAUGGUCGCGGGGUGUUGUGAAAUGACGAUCAUAUCGUGCCA